CAGAUCCAUGCAUGUGUAUAGCACACGACAUAAAGCAUCCAGCUACGCAAAAUUGAUGGGAUCAUGGGAGCCAUCUGCUCUAAACAAGCAAUACACAUGGCGGCAAUUAACCAUAGUUGUCCUCCUAGCUACACACUGUCUUGAGAAUCACUCCACUCUGCAUAGCAAUACAGAUCAUGCAUCGUCCUUUUGCCUACUGGAGUACUACUGCAUGUGAAUGGAUGUCCUGGAGUUUAACAUGCGCCCGUCCUUGGGUUGUUGCUUGCAUAUAAUUCUGUUCAUCGCUUGCUUCUCCUUUACUUAUUUAGCCAAGCUACCCUCUUCUCCAUCAUCACCCCCACGACGCCUGCCUGCCUCUUCCCUCCCUCCUCGUCCUUCACGCUACUACAAAAGACCACACACAAGCACAGCACAGCACAGCACAAGCAAGUGGUCACACUACUGGCAAGCUCCCCAACUCAGGCAAUUCUCUCGCAUAAACUACUACGUGGCUCUCUUGGCAGAGGAUCUAGAGCAGCGGUGGGUCAGCGCGCUCGCACCAGCUUCGAUGGGCCUCGACGUCACGGAAAUAUCUGAAUCGGCGGCCCUCCGGCCGAUCCAGACGGCCGUGAGCGGCGCCCGGGCAACGGCAGCGCCGGGGGCGGAUGAUGACGCUCCAGCCGCCGACAACGGCUGCGUCACACCCAAGGCGAGCGGCGCGCGGUCAGCCGCUGCAGGAGGAGGGGACGACGACGACGCUGCCGCCAGCACCGGCUGCGUCACACCCAAGGCAAGCGACUCCAUGGCCAUGCUGCCCAUUGCGCCACUGCGGGAAGACGAUGUCGGCGUCGCCACGGCCACGGGCGGAGAAAUUGGGCCGCGAGACGGCUGCGCCGCUGCAGGCGACGAGAGCAGCUUCACCACGCCGACGGCAGCCGACAGCGCGCUGGUGCAGGCCACUGUGUGCCCACCGGCGCCGCGGAAAACGGCUGCGGCGCUGACGAGGAAGCGGGCGCCGCUGCAGCAGCGGCUCUUCUAUCCGGUGCCCCGCGACCUGACCACCGUGUUCGUGGCCGUGCCGCAGUGCCCGCCGCCUGCCAAGAAGAUGCGGGCGCACGUCGUGGAGUCAUCGGUGCGCCUAGGCACGUGA